CUCACGAAAUCGUCGUGACGAAACGAUAAACCCUAAAUCAUGGUAAAGGAAACUCUAAUUCCUCCGUCUUCUACGUCAAUGGCGACCGGGACGGCGACGUCUUCGUCUCUUUCAAUGACGUUGUCAUCAACAAACGCGUUAUCGUUUUUGUCGAAAGGUUGGAGAGAGGUAUGGGAUUCAGCAGAUGCGGAUUUGCAGCUGAUGCGAGACAGAGCUAACUCUGUUAAGAAUCUAGCAUCGACGUUCGACAGAGAGAUCGAGAAUUUCCUCAAUAAUUCGGCCAGGUCUGCGUUUCCCGUUGGGUCUCCGUCUGCGUCGUCUUUCUCAAGUGAAAUUGGUAUCAUGAAGAAGCUUCAGCCGAAGAUUUCGGAGUUUCGUAGGGUUUAUUCGGCGCCGGAGAUUAGUCGUAAGGUUAUGGAGAGAUGGGGACCUGCGAGAGCGAAGCUGGGAAUGGAUCUAUCGGCGAUUAAGAAGGCGAUUGUGUCUGAGAUGGAAUUGGAUGAGCGUCAGGGAGUUUUAGAGAUGGGUAGAUUGAGGAGACGGCGUAAUAGUGAUAGGGUUAGGUUUACGGAGUUUUUCGCGGAGGCUGAGAGAGAUGGAGAAGGUAAUUUCGGUGAUUGGGAACCAAUUAGGUCUUUGAAGACUAGAUUUAAAGAGUUUGAGAAACGAAGCUCGUUAGAAAUAUUGAGUGGAUUCAAGAACAGCGAAUUUGUAGAGAAGCUCAAAACCAGCUUUAAAUCAAUUUACAAAGAAACUGAUGAGGCUAAGGAUGUUCCUCCAUUGGAUGUACCUGAACUUUUGGCAUGUUUGGUUAGACAGUCUGAACCUUUUCUUGAUCAGAUUGGUGUUAGAAAGGAUAUGUGCGACCGAAUAGUAGAAAGCCUUUGCAAAUGCAAGAGCCAACACCUUUGGCGUCUGCCAUCUGCACAAGCAUCCGAUUUAAUUGAAAAUGAUAACCAUGGAGUUGAUUUGGAUAUGAGGAUAGCCAGUGUUCUUCAAAGCACAGGACACCAUUAUGAUGGUGGCUUUUGGACUGAUUUUGUGAAGCCUGAGACAUCAGAAAACAAAAGGCAUGUGGCAAUUGUUACAACAGCUAGUCUCCCUUGGAUGACCGGAACAGCUGUAAAUCCACUAUUCAGAGCGGCGUAUUUGGCAAAAUCUGCAAAACAGAGUGUUACACUUGUGGUUCCUUGGCUCUGCGAAUCUGAUCAAGAACUAGUUUAUCCAAACAAUCUCACCUUCAGUUCACCUGAAGAACAAGAGAGCUAUAUACGUAAAUGGUUGGAGGAAAGGAUUGGUUUCAAGGCUGAUUUUAAAAUCUCCUUUUACCCAGGAAAGUUUUCAAAAGAAAGGCGUAGCAUAUUUCCUGCUGGUGACACUUCUCAAUUUAUAUCGUCAAAAGAUGCUGACAUUGCUAUACUUGAAGAACCUGAGCAUCUCAACUGGUACCAUCACGGCAAGCGUUGGACCGAUAAAUUCAACCAUGUUGUUGGAAUUGUCCACACAAACUACUUAGAGUACAUCAAGAGGGAGAAGAAUGGAGCUCUUCAAGCAUUUUUUGUGAAUCAUGUAAACAAUUGGGUCACACGAGCAUAUUGUGACAAGGUUCUUCGUCUCUCUGGGGCAACACAAGAUUUACCAAAAUCUGUUGUAUGCAAUGUCCACGGUGUCAAUCCCAAGUUCCUUAUGAUUGGGGGAAAAUUGCUGAAGAGAGAUCCCGUGGUGAACAAGCUUUCUCAAAAGAUGUCCUAUGGGAACGGCGAAGAUGCAGUCGAGGUCCAACGUGCAGCGAAGAAACACGACUUGAAUCUCAAUUUCCUCAAAGGAAGGGACCACGCCGACGAUGCUCUUCACAAGUACAAAGUGUUCAUAAACCCCAGCAUCAGCGAUGUUCUAUGCACAGCAACCGCAGAAGCACUAGCCAUGGGGAAGUUUGUGGUGUGUGCAGAUCAUCCUUCAAACGAAUUCUUCAGAUCAUUCCCGAACUGCUUAACUUACAAAACAUCCGAAGACUUUGUGUCCAAAGUGAAAGAAGCAAUGACGAAAGAGCCAUUACCUCUGACUCCCGAGCAAAUGUACAAUCUCUCUUGGGAAGCUGCAACACAGAGGUUCAUGGAGUAUUCAGAUCUCGAUAAGAUCUUAAAUGAUGGGGACGGAGGAAGGAGGAUGCGAAAAUCAAGAUCGGUUCCGAGCUUUAACGAGAUGGUCGAUGGAGGGUUAGCAUUCACACACUAUGUUCUAACAGGGAACGAUUUCUUGAGACUAUGCACAGGAGCAACACCAAGAACAAAAGAUUAUGAUAAGCAACAUUGCAGGAUCUGAAUCUUGUUCCGCCUCACGUCACAAGCCAAUCUUUGGCUGGUAGAUAUUUCUCCACAGCAACAGUUAUGGCUUUUGACUUAUUAAACCACUACGUUUAUUGUUUCCCUUAUUAUAUCCUCUGUUUGUUAAUAGAAAGGGUAGAUACUA